CUUCUCGGACGACCAUGGCUGCUUGUGGACGCGGAGGAGCAGGGAUCUCUGUCUGCUUACUGCUUCUGCUGGUGCCGCUCCAGUCCCCGCUCGCACAGGCGCAGUAUACCGAAUCGGGUGCCUGGGUUGGCGUCGAGAACAACACCGUCGUGAACGUCAAAGCACAGCUCGGCUUCACGGCUUUUCUGCCUUGCUCCGUUCGCAUGAUCGGGGACAAGCAGAUAUCAUGGAUCCGGCGUCGUGACUGGCACGUCCUUACCUCCGGCGUCUUCACGUACACGAACGACGAACGCUUCUCCAUCACGCACCGAGAUGGCGCUGACGACUGGACGCUCUCCAUCAGGUACCUUCAGGCCAGAGACAACGGCACUUAAAUCGUCAGCCAAUUUGUGAACCUGAAUGUGAUCGUCCCAGAGGCGUUCAUCCUCGGCAACAGCGAAUACCACGUGGAAACUGGAUCUCCCAUCAACCUGUACUGCAUCAUUGAACAGACGCCCAUCCCGCCCCACGUCGUCUACUGGAAACACAACGACCGCCUCCUCAACUACGACACGGAGCGCGGGGGCGUGAGUGUGACCAUCGAACACGGCGCCAAGACAUCGUCCCGCCUCGUCAUCUCCGGAGCCACCACGAAGGACGAGGGGAACUACACGUGCGAGGCCCCCAAGACGCUGCCUGCCUACGUCUACGUCUUCGUCAGGAAAGGAGACUUGACAGCUGCUAUUCUACGAAGAACCUCUGGAUCUGCAGGGGUCGUGGCUCUGCAAGGAUGGCUGUGGAUUGGUAUUCCAGCUCUCACUUUACUGUGGAGGGAAACUCUGGAGUUCUGUCAGCUGUUAUAGUUCGUUUCUGUUUGACUUCUUUUCUUCUUUGUCAUCUACAUCAACUUUAUGAAGAUUGAUUUUUCAAACUCUAAUUCAUGAAAAGGUCAAGCCAUUUGCCGAGUGCGCAGUUGUGUGAUUUUCCCGACGAGGUUUUUAAACGACUCAUUACAAGGUAGUUGUGUGAAGUAUGGACUGCCAAGACGUCCCUUUAAGACACUUCAAAAUAUGCCCUUAAUACAGUUCGUGUGGUCCAGUUGUCCAGGAAAUGAAUGGCAUUUAUAUAUAAAAUAAAAAUAAUAAAAAUAAGUGCAACAUGUGCAAAAUAAUUUUGUUACAAGGAAAGUAAUGUGUAGAAAAAGUGCUAAAAAUAUUCUAAAGGAUAACGAUUUACCAAGAUACAGAGAGAGAGAGAGAGAGAGAGAGAGAGAGAGAGAGAGAGAGAGAGAGAGAGAGAGAGAGAGAGAGAGAGAGAGAGAGAGAGAGAGAGAGAGAGAGAGAGAGAGAGAGAAGACGCAUUUUGAUAAGGAAUUCUUCAGAUUUGAUACUUAAACAUUGAUAUGUGUAAGAAAGCGAUCUUUUGAAUAUCUCAAAUUCAUAAACACAUACGAAUUUUUUGUGAAAUCUACCGCCACACCCAGCAAUACACUCCACUUGCAUCAAGCGGAAUGUGUUGUAUACUCUGGAUAUACACUGGAACGUUUUAAGGUAACAUUUCCUGGUAUGAAACAGUAAAGAAAGUAUUGGAUAAAUACUGUGCUGCAUCGGCUAAAUGUUUGCUUGAUUAAUACAAGGGGUUUACGGAGUCCAAACCAUUUUGUAAGACUGAAAUACUAAGAAAGAAAUCCAUAAAGCUCUCCUUGAGACUUGUUUUAUACGCACAUACAUCAGUAAUACAUCAUAACUUUUUUCUGAACAAUAUCAAUGUGUAUGUAUUGCACAUCGAUAAUAAGUUCUGACUGACUGUACAGACCUACUGCAUCUUUGGCUCAGUGAUUUCAUUAUUACCACAAUUUAGUUCGUAGGCCAGAGAUUUUAUACAUGUAUGAAUAUAAACCAAAGAGGAACCUCCUGUUAAUUUAUGUCUAUAUACGGAGAUGUGUAAGGUUCAUAAUCCAUGAUGUUAUGACAUGUUUUACGUGAAUGUUUACGUCACGGUAGGAGAAGUGCACACACACCUCCGGCUGAGUGCGGCCCUGCUGUUCCCCUCGUGUGCACAAUCUCUCAACCUCCUCUUUUUUGACUAUUGAGACGAAGGCAAGGGAAUUUUACAUCUCCUUCGAAACGAUUUUUGUCCUAAAAAAUAAAAGUAAAAUCCGAGUCAUUAUAGAUUACUUGAAAACUAAGCAUUUCAAGUACACACAGGGUAAAGGGUUUAUACAGUGAACAUUUCAGGAGAAACGUUGCACAUUUGCAACUUCAGACCUUCCUUCGUUACAAUUUGUCACAAUGUACAGCUAUUGUUUUCCUUCUUCUAAACAAUUGUGUCAUCAGUCUAUAUUUGCUGCUCCCGUCUGGUGAUACGAUGAAAAAGGUUCAGAAUAAAAUCCCUUUUGAUUUGAAAUUUCUUUCCUCCGAUACAGUGUAUUCUAUAUAGGAAAAAUCUGUUAUGUAAAUAUUUUUAUAUACCUGCUAAAUUGUAUUAUACGUUACUUGUAAUCAUCAACAACCUGCCAUCAUGUGUUUUUGUAUAUAUUUUAUGUGAUGGAAGGGAGUUUACAAGAUCUAUCAGUGAAUUGUAGAAACAAAAAUGAAAGUGAAAGAUACUCGCAAGAUAGAGGAUAACGAGCCAUUCCGAACAAACGUUCACUGAAUAAUAUGUAUUGGAUUAACUCAAGUUAAUUGGAAUAUGGUGUACUGUCAGUUGUGUAACUGUAACAUAUCACAGAGGCAUUACAAAAAAAAAAAAAAAAA